ACAACACCGUUUCAAGCACUGUAAAAGUCAUAAGAGUUUUCGCGGUACAACAUGUUUUUUCAAUUAUGCAUAGCUCCCUGUUUCAUGAAACCCUAUGACAACUAAAAUAUCCCUGCAACCAUAAACUAAACGAAGUGCGUUCUGUUUCCACGGAAACAAGCAAACGGGCCCAACGUAGGUAUCGUGACAAUAUUUAAAUAAAUACUUGUCGGUUAGAUUUUCUCUAAGAAAUAUUAAAUGCGUGUCUGAUUUGAAGACAGUUUUCAGCGAUUAUAACUUAGCUGUGGUAUAGCUAACAUUUGCUUGAUCUUACAAAAUAUAAUUGUUCGUGUAAUUGAAAUAGUUAAUAAUAGGUAAUCCCGGAACAAGUCUUCAUGGCUUCCUUAAUUUAUGCUUUUGAUCCAAACUGGUCACUUUCUUUGGUGCCAAGUUUAUCAAACAUCUGCUUGCAUUGGAUCGUAAACAACUUUGAAGAAAACCCCAUAUUUGAAAAGCUCUCACAAAUCCAGAAAGACUUCGUUCAGGAGAGACUGUCUACUUCCCUUCCCCUUCACGUGACAGCCAGUUUAGUUCCUGAUGGAGUCUACUGGAAACGAUGCUGCAAGGAGCGGUGGGACAUUUGUGAUGUCUCACAUUAUGGUGACAGCUGGAAACGAAUGUUCUUUGAGAGGCACUUGGAGAACAUUAUUGAAGGUUUUAUCCCAGAGGUGACAGAGCCAAAGACAGUUCUAGAUUUGGUCCCACCAUGCAGAAACUACAUUAAAAAGCUUGACAUAUCACAGCUGCUGCUACCUACCAAGGAGCCCCAGUUGAAAAAGGUGGAAGAGAAAUCAGACUGGUCAUUAAAAAUUGAUGUUGAUGAGCCUCAUGUGGAUCACUUCGACUUCAGCAUCCUGCUUGACAAGCUAACAAACCUGGAGGAGCUACAUCUGGUUUAUAGAGUCAAACAAUGUGGUAUGAGCUUUGAAUGGGCGAUGUUUCAGAUGACCGACAAAGACUGCAAAUCCCUCGCUUAUGCCCUCAAGUCCUGUAAAACCCUGAAGCUUUUUAGGCUGCAUCAAAGCCACGUUGACGAUGAAAAGUGUCGGCUGCUGGUGAAAUACCUUCUGGAUCAUCCCUCCCUCAGGGAACUUGACUUUUCUCAUAACCUGAUCGGCGACAGUGCAGCCAGAGCAAUCGGCAAACUUCUUACCAGGAGUAAACUGGAGGUCCUUAACAUGUGCAACAAUAGAAUCAGCGGCCCAGGAGCCAAAGCAAUAGCUCAUGCUUUGUCCAGUAACUCCACUCUUUUGGUCCUCAAUCUACGUCUCAACCGCGUGAUGGAUGAAGGGGGUCAGGCUAUUGGCAAAGCUUUGCUGAACAACACAACUCUGAGCUAUCUGCACCUGGGAGGCAAUGAUGUGACUUCAGUCACUGCUUUUGCACUGUCUAAAGUACUGACAGAAAAUAAAACUCUGAAGAGGAUCAAUCUGAGCUGCAACAAGCUUGGUGAGGUCGGAGGUAAAGCUUUGGCAGAGGCGAUGGCUCGAAAUUCCACCAUCACCGAAUGUGAUAUCCGCAUGACCGACAUCGAUGAGGAAGCUGCUUCCACUAUUAACAAGGUGGUGUGGGCCAAUCAGAGUUCAGAAUUCUAGAGACAAGCUCAACAGAGGAAAAUAGGUAAAAUCUCCAGCCCCUUGAAAGCUCACAGCUUUACCAGUUCUUCUUCAUUCAUGCCCCAUGCACUCAUUUAAAAUCAGUAUGUUAAUAUGGGAAACUUCAGCCAAACACACUACAGACUAAGAAUGCUGUCAUUUUAAAUGCAGGUUAAUGUUUUGGGUUAUUUUACUUUUAAAACAUGUCUUACUUCAAACUAACGAUAUCCCUUAUUUGUGGUAAAUUUCAUGCAUAAAAGAAAAUGUUUUUUCUGACUGUUGUUACUGUUUUCUAAAGUGUAUGCUCAACAAAAUGAGAAAAAAAAAAUAAAAAUCCU